GUUCGAGUCUCUCCUGAUUAUCUACACCAAUCCACACGUAUCUUCUAUCCCCAUUUUGUUGUGAAUGUAUAAAGAAGUACAAGAACAGAACUGCCCACUUGGCCCCACCACUCCUUCUGUGAACAAGAAGCGAGGAUUAUGAGCGCAGAGUGUAUAUCGAGUAACAGUGUACUUUGUUUUUAAGUAGCCGAUGGCUCGCUGGAGUGUUUAGUCGUACAUUACCUAUCUGAUCGAGCUUUGUAGAAGACAGCCUUCUAUGCCAGUGUGUAUAAAGGUUGCUUCGAUACGAGACGAUUGAGAGAACCAUCGACGUGUCAAGAAUCUAAUCGAUAUAAACUGUUUACUUUACCUUUUUCUCAUCGAGCAUAACCUUGCUAUAUUUCACGAGACAUCAUGAAACUAGUCUGUGGUAUCGCACUCUUUGCUUUCGCCUGCGUCAGCUUUGUUACUGCCGAAGAGCUGAAAUGUACUCUGAAACCCGCCGAUAUUCCAACGGCAUGGUUGGAUAUGGUGGAUCCCUGUAUCAAGGCCAUGGAGUCCCAAGUGAAGAAUGAGAUUGAAGCUUCAAUGACCUACCUCGCUAUGGGUGCUCAUUUCGCCCGCGAUUCUGUUAAUCGUCCUGGCUUCAGCAAAUUCUUCAUCGAGAGCGCCAACGAGGAGCGCGAACACGCCAUUAAGAUCAUCGAAUAUUUACUGAUGCGUGGUCAGCUCACCAGUGACGUGAGCAAACUCUUGAAGUUCCCACUGAGACCUAAACGUGAGGAAUGGAACAACGGUGUCGACGCACUUAGCUUUGCCCUUAAUUUGGAAGCUCAGGUGACCGGAAAUAUUCGUGACAUCAUUCAGAUUUGCGAAACUCCUAAGACCAGCACCUUUAAUGAUUAUCAUUUGGUCGAUUAUCUUACUGCUGACUUCCUCGAUGAACAGUACAAGGGACAGCGUGAUCUUGCCGGAAAGAUCUCUACUCUUGGCAAGAUGAUGGCCACUCAUGGACCCCUGGGCGAGUUCUUGUACGACAAGAAACUCCUGAACGGCGAAUUGUAAUCGCUGGUUUCCGUGGACGAGAUAUUCGAAUUAUACAAUUAACUUGCUGAGUACCUCGUCUGGUAUAUAAUAAAUAUAAAGAGUAAUGUUUAUAGUGUUUGUUAUUCCAUAAUAAAUGUAUUUCUCUUAGCACUAUA